AUGAUUACGCGCAAUAGGAAUCGACGGGGGACCACUUCGAACGACGAGAAUGCCAACGCUCAAGGAAAAGUUAUCGGGAGGAUUUUGAAUACGAGGUCUAGGGCUGUUCUUAGUGAGAUAGAAAAUCUAAAUCUUGCCGAACUUCCUGAUAAGGUAGCUAGGCCGUCUGAUCAACAUUCCAAGUGUUGCUUAGACGCCUGUGCAAUUGAGACCCUACGACUGCUAAAGAGGAAUGCACGUCACUUGUCUCCGCAGAUGCGUGAUAAUUUCUUCCGAUUUUACAAGCAAAGGUCGGAAAUUCGGGCGGAGUGUUUGCGGGCAAAUGCCUCAUAUUUCUUGAGUCUUGAUAACAAGCUCAUUCUAAAGGACAGGCGCAUAGAUGAUGCUAAUCAGCGCUCUUUUGACUACCUUCAGAAUAUCGAAUUCUUGGUAUAUCCUUUGCCGGCGUCGUUCUUGUCUGAUUGUGUGGAUUUGACUCCACGAAUGAGACAUAUUCUCGUGAACUGGAUGGUUCAAGUACAUCGGGGCUACAGGCUCAGUACUGAGACUUUGUUUCUUGCACUUCGUUUGCUGGAUAGAUACAUAUACAAAUCCGCAAACCAGGUUUCGAGACAGGUUUUUCAAUUACUAGGAGUAACGGCACUCUUUAUCGCUUCCAAAUUUGAGGAGGUGUUCCCACCUGACGUAGGCGAUUACUCCUCCAUAACGGAGGGCUGUUUCGACUCGUCAGACAUUGCUGUGUGUGAGCAAAUGAUUCUCCAUGGGAUGGAUUUUCUUGUUAAUAUCCCUUGCCCCCUCGUGGACAGUCUGGUGCACAACCUCUCUAAGUACUUCCUUGAAUUAGCUUUUCAAGAGUAUGAGCUAGCGCACCUUCCUGCCAACUUCCUCUCCACAGUUUCAAUCUGUUUGGCACUAGCCGUAACAAAAAAUACAUACAUCAUCGAUGACGUGUGGGAUCCCAAGUUGUCCUACCUCAGUGGGUACGGCAUAGACGAUGUGCGAGAACCCCUUCAAAUGCUUGCGAGGGCUGUGCUGCGUCAAAGCGUACCUUCAAAGUACCGGGCUACUUAUGAUAAGUAUUGCGCAGAUGACCUAUUUCAAAGGGUUGCUGCUAUGCCGGAAUUGGAAUCCCGUACUAUGCUGAUGUUGAGCGCUGAGCUAGAGGCCAGCUGUCGACAAACUGAUCAUGAUGGAGGUAAAGUCGCUAAACCAUCCCGUGUCUCGGCAUCCAUUACUCGAUACUGCUUUUGA